GGCGCCCUCUUUGCGCAGUGGGCGCUGUUGGGGUUGGGUUUCCUGUUACCAUCAUGGGCUUCGGGGACCUCAAGACCGCUGCAGGCCUCCAUAUGCUCAAUGACUUUCUGGCGGAUAGGAGCUACAUUGAGGUGAGCGCUGCUGAGGGGGGGAGUGUAACCGGCCCGUCUGCGCCGCCCCCCGCCGACCUGUGCCACGCGCUGCGCUGGUACAACCACAUCCAGUCCUACGAGAAGCAAAAGGCCAGUUUGCCAGGAGUGAAGAAGGCUUUGGGGAAAUAUGGUCCUGUUGAUGUUGAGGAUACCACAGCUGGUGCAGCUGCAGAUACCAAAGAUGAUGAUGACAUCGAUCUCUUUGGAUCUGAUGACGAGGAGGAAAGCGAAGAAGCAAAGAGACUGAGGGACGAGCGUCUUGCUCAGUAUGAAUCUAAGAAGUCAAAAAAACCGGCUGUUGUGGCCAAGUCAUCAAUCUUGUUGGAUGUGAAACCCUGGGACGAUGAGACGGACAUGGCCAAACUGGAGGAGUGUGUCCGAAGCAUUCAGACAGACGGCUUGGUCUGGGGAUCUUCCAAACUAGUUCCAGUUGGCUAUGGUAUCAAGAAGCUUCAAAUUCAGUGUGUUGUUGAAGAUGAUAAAGUUGGAACAGAUAUGUUGGAAGAAAGAAUAACAGCUUUUGAAGAUUAUGUACAAUCAAUGGACGUAGCUGCUUUCAACAAGAUUUAAGCCCUACAUCUAGAAUAAAAGUAUUUGCAGAACUCAAA